AGUUAUCAAAUAUAAUCAAUCAUUUCAAAUUAAUACAAUCGAUAAUAAAUCGAUCACUCCUUGCAUUAAAUUUUUAAAAUUGGAAUUAAGGCACUUUCGGAAGCAAGAAACCAAAACUGAUCUCAUAAAUAUUUGAAACUUUAUUAAAACUUCUAAAAAUGGCUGCCAAGCCAUGGGAAGUUAUUACAUGGAGUCUCGAACAUCAACAAACUAUUUACCGGGACUGGGGCAUAAAUUAUAGUUUCAAGCAACAAUAUGAGAACGCUGCAAAGUAUUACACCAAAUCCUUGGAUAUAAAGGAAAAUGAUGUCAGAGCGUUGUUGAAUCGAAGUUUAUGCAAAGAUGAUGUGGCAAAGUGCGUUAGUGCCUUGGAUGAUGCCGUGGCUGCACUAGCACUCAAUGACGAUAAUCAUCCGGUAAACCUGCAAGUGUGCGAUGCGUUGUAUCAUAUGAACGAAUUCGAGCAAACUAAGGUCGAAUUAUCGAAUAAGUCAAGGAAGUUUGUAUGGAAACAGGAGAACUAUCACGGAAUUAAGACAAAGCCAGGAAAGUUUGUGGGUCAUAAAGAAAGACCAUUUUUGGAUCGGCUUGACGUUGUUGAACAAAAUUUCUUGGACACACUCGGUGAGAAUGUUGGUAUUUUUCUGAAGAAGCACAGCAAAAAACUUGACAAAAUAGUUGAAGAAGUAAACCGGCGUAAGACCAAGGAUCCUCGCCCAAUGUGGAAGGUUUUAAGAGAUGAAGGGAAAUGUGAUAUUCUAAGCGUUCUGUUGGAGGAGGCAAAGAAACUCCACAUCAGAGAACAGGCUCAGCUUAAUCAAUAUUAUCGGGUGUUCCUGCAAGUGUAUUUUCUGAAAGGAUGGAUUGAUGUAUCUUUCUUGAAAGAACUGAUGACUGAUAAGAGGCUUCUACUACCGCAAACCAAGAAAAGUACUCCAUUCCUUGCGGAGUUAACGAAAGCCCAAUACGAUACUGUUUAUGAAUUCUUGAAAAUGCUUCAAGCGCGAAGUCCUCUCUAUACAAAGCGCUAUAAAAUGUGUCCGAAUCAAAAACUGGCAGCCAAGAUAAGGGAAGACCACCUGUAUCGUGUUCAAUAUCAGACUCGGAGAGAUAUGUUCAAUAUUUUGGAAAAUGUGAAGAAGUUACGAACGCAAGGCAAAGUCAACAAAUUGGCCGACUACAUCGAAAAUGCGAUGGGGAGCUAUGUUGAGACCAAAACCCUUCGAGUUCUACCACGCAAAUUUCAAUUCACGAAUGAUAUCUAUAACAUUUUGGGAUUGGCUUACGCAGACCGACUUACAGUUCCAUCAAACCUGAUGUUGCAUCCAGCCGAGGAACGUCUUUUCGUACUAAUGAGCAUCCCUAAGGAAAAAGAUAAGGAUCCUGAUGUAAAGUACAUUUUUGGUGAUAAGUCAACCUAUCAAGAACCGGACGCUCCUGAUUACGUCUAUAUGGCUUACAAAAAAAGGACAACAAAACUCGAAAGUCGGCUACCAUAUGCUAAGUUUCCUAUCGAAAAGUGUUAUAUCUUCCAUGAGCUUGCGAAGAAUCAUAUGACCCAGAGUAAAUUUGAUGAAUCGAGGGCUCUGUCGAAAAAGGUUAUGGAUGAAGCCGAAAUGUGCCAAAACUAUUUAUGGAAGUUCCUUGGUGCCCUGGAAAUUUGUAAAUCCAACAUCAUGCAGCGGAAGCUAGAACAAGUCAAGCUGAGCCUGCAAGUGGCUGCAGAAGUGGCUAAGAAACUCAAUUCUCAGCGGAUUAACUACUUCAUGGACACAUGCAUUAAAAUGAAUCAAAUUUGCAUUAACAUAAAACAAAGUCUUUCGGAUGAGUUAAUAUUCAGCAAAAGAGAAAAGACCAGGAUUGCCCCCACGUUGCUCGACGUAAAUGGUCCAGAAUCGGCCUCUGAUUCGAUGGAUGAAGAUUGACUUCUUGUUCGGAAUGUGGACGUAGUUGGGUAAAUUGUAAAUCAGUUGUGCUUUUAUCUGUAAAUAUUUUAUUUUAUCCAAUUUGGGAGUAAAAAAAUUUUACAAAUUUAAA